UCGAAGAAGAAUUGUGCAUGGCCUAAGCUAGAAAACUGCUGCAUUGUCCCAUUCCUGCUAAUAUUUCAGCAACCAUGUCUUCAGCUCAGCAUCUCAGAGAGUUUAUCAGAGAGAGACUAACUGCUGCUGCUCAAGAAAUCUUCACCGAGGUUGAAAAAACCAUCAUUUGCUACGAGGAAGAGCUCGAUGCUCAGCGCAGGAUGAUGGGGAUCAACUGGAAACCAGAAAUUAAGCUACACAGAGUCGGUUCGGAGCUGCAGAGACAAAGUUCUGACCUCCAACAGCCAAGUGUCUCCAAUGAGGAAGAAGCUUCUGCCAUCCAACAAGUCUGUAGCCUGGCAAGUAGGUCCAGUCAGGACCAGAAAGAAGCAGAACAUCAGUGGACUGAAGAGGUACAGAUGGAACCAGAACCAAAAUGGAUUAAAGAAGAAGAGGAGGAACCAGAACCUGCACUGCUCAAACAUGAGGAAUUGGAUUAUCCACUAACAAAUGUAAAAAAAGAGGAGUUGGAUUGUUCAGUGCUUCAACAUGAACAGCAGCCACCAGAACAUUUACCAACUGGACAGGACCAGAAGAACCUCUGCAGCAGUCAGGAGGGAGAGCAGCUUGUCCAGAAGCAGUUUGCUGCUUUGACUGAGACUUCUACUCUUCAGGAAGAUGAUGUGAAUGAAGAAGAGAGAAGAACAGAGCAGCUUUCCCUACAUAUCUCUCCAGUGGUUGAGAGCAAAGAUCAGGAAGGAAGCAGCUCCUCUGUGUCAGAGAGUCAGUCUGGUACCAGUACAAAGAAAAGAUCUUUCAAAUGUGACAUUUGUGGGAGAUGUUUCCCACAACAGAGUAAUUUUUUAAACCAUUACAGAACUCACACUGGUGAGAGACCUUUUUCAUGCCACUCAUGUGGAAAAGGUUUUUCUCAUAUUAGUAAUUUUUAUCGUCACAAGAAAAUUCAUACAGGUGAGAGGCCUUUUUUAUGUGAAACAUGUGGAGAAAGUUUCUCUAAUAUGAGAAAUGUAAUUCGUCACAAGAAAAUUCAUACAGGUGAGAGGCCUUUUUCAUGUGAAACAUGUGGAAAAAGUUUCUCUAAUAUGAGAAAUGUAAUUCGUCACAAGAAAAUUCAUACAGGUGAGAGGCCUUUUUCAUGUGAAACAUGUGGAAAAAGUUUCACUAAUAUGACAAAUGUAAUUCGUCACAAGAAAAUUCAUACAGGUGAGAGACCUUUUUCAUGCCAGUCUUGUGGAAAAAGUUUCUCUCGAAUUAGUCAUUUAAAUGACCACAAGAAAUUUCAUACCGGCGAGAGACCUUUUUCAUGCCAGUCUUGUGGAAAGAGUUUCACUCAACGUAGUGAUUUAAAUCGUCACAAGAAAAUUCAUACUGGGGAGAGACCUUUUUCAUGCCAGUCUUGUGGAAAACGUUUCAUUCGAAUUAGUCAUUUAAAUCGUCACAAGAAAAUUCAUACUGGGGAGAAACCUUUUCAUGCCAGUCAUGCAGAAAGAAUUUCACUCGUCUUAGAAACUUAAAUCAUCACAAGAUAAGUCAUACAGGUCAGGUGAGAAGGGUUCUCAUGAUAAACAAUAAAUCAAUCAGCAGUAAAUAAAUAUAUGCUUAAUAAUAAAAUGAUGGCUAUAAUAUUACUUGUUUGUUUUUAUCGUCUCUCCUUCUACAAAGAAACUGGAUGAGAAAAGGUUUCACUCCCGUGCCUCCUGCUAUUCCCUCCCUCUCAUUUUAUUGGUAGCGGCUAAACACACAGUGACCUAAAAGCGUCAAUUUACUUCCACUCUGGCUGAACCGAACACCUGGCACACGAUAGCGAUAACAAAAAAAGAUGAAAGGUUUCCAACUUUCUUGCAUAGCCUCUAUAACUGUAUGAGCUAGAAAUGUCACAUGCAUGAAUUGUGUCUUUUGCUCAGCUGGAUGAGAGCUAGCGACUGUCGUCUCACUAUGCAAUCUCCAUAAGAGGGAGAAGCGCCGUCUCCUGUCAUCGUGUGACCAUUACUUCAGUUACCUGCUGGGCUCCUUGUCUCCUACCACACAGUGUAGCAUAAAGCCUGGUGAGGAGGAGCAAGAGGUCUGGGAGCCUCUUGGAUUCAAACUACAGUCUAUCCAUGUUUCUUAUAGACAAAGUUACUGAUAAAGAGAAACCCUUUCAUUUGUCCUUUUCUUUUUUUCUCCUCUUUGAAAACCUGGAUGUUAUUUUCUUGGCUGCAUUGUUCCAGUCAGUCGUUGUAGUCUUUGGCUGCUGCUGAACACUGUUGCCUACAAGUUCACUAAGCAGGAGCAAACCAUUUAAUACAGAUCCACAGGGCUGUUCAGUAGAUAUGGAUCUUUGCUUUUUGAUCUGGGAAUGGUAACUUUUAAUUUUUACUGCUAAAAACAAGUAAAACAAAAAAUUAUAUUAUAGACAGAGGCAGUAAUAUUUGUUCUAUUUAUAUAAAAAAAUAAACCCCUGUCGGUCAAAAGCCUUUGGGAUUAUCAUAACCAUGAGUAGCAUACCAACUUUUAAUGUUUUCCUGAAGAAUUUCAUGUAAAAAUUUGUGCUGAUUGAAUGUAUUAAACAACUUCACAACUGCAACAUAUGGUGAAAUUAGAUAUUUCUAACAUUUUUAACUAUUAGUCAUUGUUUAUCUGCCUUGUGAUGUUUUUUACUUGAUGAUUUGUGUAUUUAUUUUUUUUCUAAAUUGGAUGGA